AUGCUCGGACUUUGGUUUAAUGGUUUACCUGAAGCAUCCAUUUCCUCGUUUGGGCAGCUAAAGGCAGAAUUUAUCAAAGCAUUCAUUAUUAACAGCCAGAGGAAGAAAGACAUGGCAUACCUCCUUAGCAUUCGGCAAGGGAGCAAAGAGACCCUACGCCAUUAUGUGGACAGAUUCCAGAAUGCUACACUUGAGAUUCGCAACCUACCAAUUGAGAUGGCAAUGUCUGCCAUAUUGCAAGGGGCACGACUAACUUCUUUCCAAGAAUCCCUAUCUCUAAACUCGCCAAAAUCCUUGGCAGAUUUGUUCGUCAGGGCCAACAAAUAUAUACAUCAUACAGAAGUAACGAGGACUGUGGCAAUAGAUGAAGACAGGGAAUGGAAAAAAAAGGAGCGAGAUAUUGAAGAAGAUCUUGAUCGGCGACAAGAGAGGGUCCAAAGACUAGAUGAUGUCAAGCUGCAGUUCAAUCACUAUACCCGACUCACCCAACCUCGGUCUGCCAUAUUGGCAGCCAUAGAAGGAUCAGGCCUAAUCAAAUUUCCAAAAAAAGUGGAUCAGCCUAUAGGGAAAAAUCAUGAUGAGUAUUGUCGAUACCAUAGGACUUGUGGCAAUUCCAAUGAUCAAUGUCAGCAAUUGAAAAAUCAAAUUGAGAUGCUUGUCCGAGAAGAGCACUUGCGAAGAUAUGUACGAGAAGAAGAGGGAAAUAACAAAAAGCCACAAAGAAGGGAAGAGAGACCUGAAGCACAGGAAAGACAUAAUCCAAGAUAG